CUCUACUUGACGCGUUCCGCCUUUGCGCUCAAUUGACCUCACUCUUGAACGAAGCUCCCGUAUUGCUCACGCUCGAGAAUUGCUCUCACGCUGGUGUUACCCGUGUCGCGACACCCCUCUGACGCCUGCCCGACGACAAACCGGCGCGUACCACCUGCGACCGAAUGACAUGGCGCCGACGAAGUCCAAAACGAACGGCGUGACGAAAGGCGAAACGAACGGGAAGCAUACAAAAACGUCGGCAGCACAACCUACCGAUUUGGAUGAGCAGGACAGGGAGCGCCUAAAGGAAUGGCUGGACAGGACGAACAACCCUUUCAAUGUCACAAUCAGUUCCGCCACGCGUAAGCGUAAGCGGGAUGAGGAUAUGCAUCUGGAGGAGGGCUUGCUUGUUAAGGACUUGCAAGUGCUCUAUGAAGUAAAGCCGCGCGACAAAUGGGAGAGCCUGAGAAGGUACAAGAAGUUCACAGUGGGCUCAGAAAGCAUUGCGACGGGCCAAUGCAUCCUGGUGAAGCACGACGAGGCUACCGAGGACAUGAGAAUGGAGAGCGAGGCGCAAUGGAAAGCGCAAGUGCUCGAAGUCAGAGCUCUGGACAGUGAACAUGUUUACAUACGAGUCGCAUGGCUCAAUCGCCCAGAAGACUUGGAGUCGGGUCGCAAAUCGUAUCACGGAAAACAUGAGCUGAUUGUGUCCAAUCAAAUGGAUAUUAUCGAUGCCAUGUCGGUCAAUGGCACUCUGGAUGUGGUAGCCCUGGAUGACAAAGAUGACGAUAGUGCCGAAAUCGAGGAUCAAUACUUUUGGCGACAGACGUAUGAUCUGGUCACCAGGAAAUACUCGGAGCUGCGCAAGAUCUGCCGGGAUAAGGUCCCAGCGAACCCGGAUCAGAUAAUAAUCCAAUGCUCGCGUGAAUCAUGUCGCCAAUGGCUGCACGUGAAGUGCCUUGCAGAGGAUGCUCUCCGGGAACAUGAGAAUGGCGCGAAGAAGACGAAACGAGAACUCACAACCCCGCCCAAAAAUGAAGCCAACGAGGAGGCGCGCGCAACACCGACAGCAUAUGCGGAGAACAAGAAGAAGACUGUCGCGUCGGAGGUGUACCUCAAGGGCGAGCCGCAUGGUGCCAACGACAUUCCAGCAACGAAGUCCGAAAUUGUGGUCACCCCGAAAGGCGGCGAAGCGUAUGCGCAAGACCUUUACUGCCUGCUAUGCCAUGAGCCGAUCGAAGAUGAUACCUGAAAGAGGACGAGAUUCGUCUUGUCCCGUUCGUCACUAUCAGCGCGUGGAUCUGGAUCCACAACACUACUGCAGGAGAGAUUAUUGUGCGCUUUGCAUACGCGAGUAGAGUUCGGCUCCUCACUUACUGCGCAUGCGCGAACUUGGCAUUGGAAGUGCGAGUGCAAGAGCCUGCGCCUCUUCUUGGUCUUGGUAGAGCGGCAUGCACGAUUUGGAAGGCGUGAAAACCCAUUUGGCACUUGCAUUCUAGGAGAUUGGCGCUUGAGGACGGAGAUUUUUAGUGGCCGUUGUUGUGAAAUGGCUGCUUAUCACGCAAUGCCUUCUCGACUCUGCGAGACGUGAGGUCGGAGUCGUCGAAGUCGAUUGCUGGCCAGACACCCGAAAGAGCAAGGAAGCGGCCUGUUUACAACAGCCGCCAGUGUUAGAGACUAUCGUUAACAAGGUACGGCCAGCAAGACGGCACGACGCGGCGGGAAAGUCUAGUUCGGCGCUCAGAAAGCCAGAAGCGAUGUCACCGGACGAUACCAAUUCACCAGC